AUGAGCGAUUUACCAUUACUUGGUGGCUCUUCGCGUCACGGUUCUCCCUCAUUUAUUCAAAGUUUUUCAAAUGCCACUAAAUUAACUUUGAAAUCUUCGCCAGUCAACUAUCUACUUAUAUUUGUGCCAUUGGGCCUUAUUGCAGGUGCGUUGGAAUGGGGGGCCAAUGCUAGAUUCUGGCUUAAUUUUCUUGCCAUUAUUCCCCUUGCUUCCGUGUUGGCGUUUGCUACCGAAGAAAUUAGUGAAUAUGUUGGACAAACAGUAGGAGGAUUGUUGAAUGCCACGUUUGGUAAUGCUGUUGAGUUGAUUGUGUCUAUUAUUGCCUUGAAGGAGAACCAAAUUCGAAUUGUUCAAGCAUCCAUGUUGGGUUCAAUCUUGAGCAACUUGUUGUUGGUUCUUGGUUGCUGUUUUGUUGCUGGUGGUAUAACUCGUGUUCAACAAAGUUUCAACCAGACUGUUGCCCAAACAAUGUCGAGUUUGAUGGCGUUGGCCACUGCGUCGUUGUUGAUUCCUGCCGCGUUCCAUGCUUCGUUACCUACACCAAAGGGCGAUACAGGAAAAUUCCCUGAGCCUGGCACUUCGGACGACUUGAUUCUCAGUUUCUCACGUGGUGUUUCAGUUAUCUUGUUACUCAUCUAUAUCUUGUACUUGUUGUUUUCUUUAAAGACCCAUAAAUCUUUAUUUGAAGCCGCGGAUGAUAUAGUCGAUGAUGUCCACACUGAUAACCACAAUACUUCUUCAGAUGACAUUAUUACUGGGAAAUCAGAAUCUAGCCAUUUGCUGGUUUUGGCAGCAUUGACCGUGUUGUUGAUUACUACAUUGCUAGUCUCGGUUUCAGCCGAUUAUUUGGUUGGUUCAAUUGAUGAAAUUGUUGAGAAAUCAGGUUUAUCAAAGACAUUUAUUGGUUUGAUUGUGAUUCCUAUUGUUGGUAAUGCAGCUGAACAUGUCACAGCUAUAAUUGUUGCAAUGAAGGAUAAGAUGGAUCUUGCUAUUGGUGUUGCGAUUGGUUCUUCUUUACAAAUUGCUAUAUUUGUCACUCCUUUUAUGGUUUUGGUUGGCUGGAUUAUUGAUGUUCCAAUGUCAUUGUACUUUUCCACUUUUGAAACUGCCAUUUUGUUUGUCAGUGUGUUUAUUACAAACUUGGUUAUAUUGGAUGGUGAGAGUAAUUGGUUAGAGGGUGCGAUGUUGUUGUCAACUUAUUUCAUUAUAGCAUUGGCAUUUUUCUAUUAUCCUGAUUCUGCCGGAUUGUAA